GAGCAACAACAAAAAUGGAGCCUUUCUUGGGGACUCGUUGCGUUCGCUUCAUUUUUUCCAACGAGUACCUUCCAUUUAUCGGAUCGCAGAGAAUGUAGACAAUGUACUUAAAUGGACGAGUUCUUAAGACGUUGCAAAGAGGAAUACUGCCUUGGGCUGGAGCGAAAUGUAGGUAUUUGUAGAUGGCGGUUUCCACGAUAAAUAGGCUCCUGGGUUUUGGUUUGAAUUGUACAUGUGCUUAACGUGCAAAAUAAGCUUAAAGAUCAAAGGUGCUAUCACUGAAAUGUUGUGCGUUGCAGGAAAAGUCAUGGCUGAGGUCAUUUUAUUAUGACGUGGAAAAAUGUAUCCGUCAAAAUGAAAGUGAUGCUGAGUUUGCCGAAGUUUGCUUCUUUGCACUGCAGAAAAUUAAUCAGCAUCAAAAUGAACAUGAUGAAAAGGAAGCCUUUUCUCCUUGGCUCUUAAAUCACCAAGUCUUUUCACUGGAUACCUUGGUGAAGAAACACAAGGAUAUAUUUAGUGGUUUCCUCGUUUGCAAUGCAGCAAAAGCAGAUACAUGUAACAUUUCAGGUAAAUCAUGGUUGGAGUCACAUGCAAGGGUUACCAGUCGUUUCAAUACAAGUUUAUUCAUUCGAGGUGUAAAUAGUUCCACGUACUUGGCUUAAAGAGCAAAGAUAUUCACCCAAGAUGUUCUUCUUGUUCACUGGCAAACUAUACUUGAAGUGAACAAAAUUUUUGUGCAAUUUGUAUGGAAACAACGUGGUAUUGAAACGUCUGGUUUCCCGUGUAAGUUUGUAACAUUCAGGAGUCAAUAGGGACUUUCAGCAAAUUGCUACAAUCACCUCUACUACAUUAGCUGUGGAUAUGGAGUCCUGGGGAGAGUACAUGUACGUCCAAGAGAUACCACCAUGGCCCAUUAAAUUUUCACUUCAAGGAAGUGGCACCUAAAUAGUGAUUACAAGGUUUCUCGCUCAUUUGCUUUCGCUGUUAGUAAAACACAGGGAGGAAAACCAGAAACGUCAAAUACUUUCUUGAAAAAGUGAGAAACAAUCUAUGAUAGGGUUUAAAACCAGUGAUUAUUACAAAUAGGAGAAAAAGUCAAAUUUUAUACCCACACAGUAGUGACUACGCUACAAGACAGGUCUUUACAUUGUAGGAUUUGGGGUUGUGGGGAAAGGUCGUUUCCAAGCAUGUACACUGCAUUGUUUUUGGGCUUUUUUACUUUCAGCUGGCAUAGGAAAGCUUGGUGUAACGCUUUGCUUUAAGUUCCUAAUUUCUUUCAAACUACCGUGUAGCUUUGUAACUACUGGAUUAGAGUCUGAAAACAAUAGCUGCAUGUACACUUCAGAAUGCUAUCUUGAUGAUAUUACAAGAUUUUAUUUUUAGGUUGACUUAAUCAGGGUGCAUAGAAAGUCGGUUUUACGGCUUGCCAUUCGGGCAAGUUGUUGUAGUAUGUACUAGCUCAAGAGUCUAGUCUUUUAAGGAGCCCAAAAAAUUAAAUGAAAUAAGUUUCAAAGAUGUUGUACAGACAUGUAUUUGAUAAGAUUUCUACCCAAUUUCGCGGUAUUUUUCGUGUUUUUGUGAACUUCGCGGCUCCGCGACCAUGCGAAGAAUCAGAAACCCUGUCUUAGAUUUCCGACAAAAAUAGCAGAAGAGCGUGACUGAAACGUAACUUUGGAAUGAACUUUAUAGGUGUGAUAAAAUAUACUUUCCACGUUCUGUUUCGGCUUGCAAUUUCUGUACUGAAAUAAAUCUCUUCGUGUGUGCUUCCUUUCGAGUUUUUUCCCUAAAUUUUGAAGGGGACAAAUUGUCCCCUUGGCCGUUUUUUAAGGGGACAAUUCCAAUUGCAGUGCGGGAUUGGCGCAAUGGCGCGGCCUGGCUCAAACCCUGUAUCUGACCACAUUUUAUUUCAAUUUUGCUGUCCAGCAGAUGGAGUGAUUAUUUUUGUUAUAACUUGUCCAAUAGAUACACGUGUAGUUAUUUAAGGACACAAUGUAAAUCAUUUUUUAAGUUUCAGGGUACAGGUCUAUUUCAAGGAUACCAUCUAUUCUUCUUGGGUACUUAACUAUUCACCCCAAAUCAGCAAAACCCCCUGCAACCUCAGGUACUUUGUACAUUGAGGAUAACUACACUGCAGCUGUUUGUGAGGUAAAUAUCUGUUAUUGUUGAUAACAAAAAUGUAGGUGUACAUCAUUGACUUUUUGUUUCAGAAAACAUCCAUUCUACCCACUUCUUCUUGUUUUGUACAUUAAUUUUACAUAAUGAACUUUGAGCAUAAACCCUGGUUUUGCUUAUGGGGCUAGUCUGGGUAAACAAGUCACUAACUAUACAUUAGUCUAUUCUGAAAAUACAGUUCUGGAUUUAUAUGGGAUUUUUUUAAGUUUUUUUUUUUUCAUGAAAAUGACUGAGUGAACUCUUUUGUUUGUCCUUUUAUUUUUUUUCUAGAUAACCAACCCUGACAGAUGGUGCCUUGAUAAGCUAGUUGUGAUUUCUGAAUGGAAUUAUGUUCCACAGUCUUGUUUACCAUCAGUGAAACUCACCAACAAAUGUAGUGCUAAUUCUGGUAAAUCUUUUUCAGUGACUUGUACUUUUUGAUUUUCAUUAUGAGAAGCGGUGGGAAUUUUUGUGUUACCUUCUACAUAGAGUGUAGGCAUUGUUCAAUUAGAUUGGGUCAUAUAAAAACAAUAUUACUUUUCUCAAAACAAAAUUGUGCUGCAAUGAAGUAAGGUUUGAUUGUCUCAGCUUCCUCAGUUUAAUUUAUCAUGAUUGUUAUCUGGUUAGUAAGUUUGAAGUAACUGUACGUAAGUAGACCUCCUCUUACCUCCCCUUUUGUCCACUCCAAAAAUGAAAAAAAUUAGGAAAAUUAGGAUUUUUUCCUCCUGUUGGGUGAUGUCUGCAUAGCCGUUCUUUGGACUGAUAGGCCUAACACCAUGUCAUUUAAUUUAGAGAGGUUAGUACAUGUGAAAGAUGUACAAACUGGUUACAUUGAGAUCACUGGGAAAUGUAUUCCAGUCAAGGCCACUACAAGAACAGCACGUGAUAACAAAGCUGUUGAGUUCUUGACCAUUGAGCAGAUCCAAGAAGAAAGUAGGUAAGUCUGCGUUUUAAUAUUUUUCGCUCACAAUAAACAGAUGUUGUAAGGUGAAAAACCUUAAGAACCUUGUUAUUUUUUUAAAAACUUACUUAGAAAUGCUUAAAUAAUUAAAGGUUACCAUGAUAAUACAUGUAGUUGCAUGUGUCUUUCUGGGAAAGGAUGUGAGCUGCUGACAUGGUUUUUAAUAGACAGACCUCUUGGUCAUUGUGACUUCACAGAUUUAAAAAGGAAAAUUUUUAAGCUGGAUGACAAUAAUAUUACCCAAUGACUUCCUUACAGCUGAUGGUCCUCAGUAGGCAAGAUGUGUGUCAUGUAAGAUUGCCUCAAAUCCCUUUUAAGUACAGUGUUGAAAGUGCAGAAAUGUUGUCUCAGUUCAAGUCCUAUCACAAGGAUUCAAAAGACUGUUUUCAUGUUUUCUUUGUCCCAUGCCCUUCACAUGGGUGACAUUUUAACUUUCUUGAUACAAGUUGGGUGUCUUUGUUUUAUCAAAUUCUCCCUCUUUAUAUCCUUUGUGGAUAGUUGUGAGCUUAAGCAAAGAUGUUUUUGAACUAUGCAUGUUAACUGGAAGUGGAUUUUUGCAUUCUUAGGCUGUGGUUUUGUCCAAAUUUUCAGGCAAGAAUCAUCUCUUUUAGGUGGCUGAACACAGUUUUGCGGGCAGUCAGUCAGUCGCUGGACUGCGCGUGUUUUAAAUUAGACAAACGGCGGCGAAAAAGCAAUGGUACAGAGAAGACGAUUUCUCAAAAUCUACUCAUUAAAAUUUUGUGAUAUUUGACAGAGUUUUUACUUUUAUCGUAUUCUAAAUAAUGAGAACUUUAAAAUGGAAGUUGAACAGACGAAUUUUGUGACACAUUUAAUAAUUACAGUACCAUUAUUGAUUAUCUAAAAUCACGUCUGUUAAAAUUUGGUCAAAUAAGUUUCAAAUGGUAAUGAUUAAUUAUAGUAAGCUGUGUGCAAGUUUAUAGGAAAAUCUAAUGAGCAAAUUUUAUGUAAACUGAGCAAAAGUGGAAUUUUAAGGUUGUAUUCAAUCAUUCAUGUUGCCAUGGAAACUACAAAAACGUCAAAUUUUACCUGUCAAUCAAAAUUUUUCAUCAGUGUAUUUUUCACUUGCCAAUUUUCAGCUUGUGAGCUGUAACCUUUCUCUUGCCAUGAUUUGGCAAAUGACACGUACUCACAAACUGCCAAAACUGUGUUCAGACACCUUAAAAGAGUAACAACAUUUAGCGAUUAUACAAAUUUGGUAGUGCAUUGCAGGAAAAUUAAAAGCCAGGGAAAAGACUCCACUUCCAGUUGACAUGCGCUGUUGAAAAAUGCCUAAGUUGCUUAUUAGAAUAUGCUCCUUAGUGUCUACCAAGACUGUCGUAAAAAAUAUUGUGGAGAGGUCAAUCAGGUUUGCCCUUAUGGUCAGAAGCUGCCAGCUGCUUUAGCCAUCUUCCUCCGACAUACGACCAUACGACCUAUAAUUAUGUAGAUGCCCAUUUUGUCAAAGGCUUGUAUUGCCAUGUUAAGUGCCAUAAAAUAAUGUUAAUGAUCUAUAUGUAAUAGAUGCCUUGGGCAUCUCUUUAAUUUUAGGGGUCUAUUAGGGGGCAUUCAAUAGAUAGCAGGCAUUUAUUUUCAUUUUUGUAACAAUCUUGAGAAAACUAAAAAUUAAUGCUUUCGGUGAAAUUUGAAGAGAGUUCUUAAAUACGUGUAUUGUUAUAUCAAGCCUAGGCUAACAGAGAUUCAUAUCUCAACUUCGACGUCAGAAUCCUCUUCCAAGGUCAUUUUGUUGUCACUGUUAAUCUAUCCCUUCUUUGAACUUGACGUUGAACAAAAUGCAAUGCACAAACUCUAAUGAUUUUAGUCCUUUUUGCUAAUUCCUAGUAUUUAUUUGCUGUGAUGGCAGGGUUCUAUCUAGGAUUUAUUGUUUGGAGGAGGAGUGGCCGAAGGCCAUGAGUUUCCUGGUGGUUCCGAGGGCGUGCACCCCCCCUGAAAUGUUUUGAAAUAAACAUGCGCUGAGAUACAAUCUGGUGCAUUUUGAGAUGCAAUUUUAAGAAAUGUUACAGUGCUAUUUUAUUUUUAAAUAAUACUCCAUGUUCCUUGUCAAUAGUGUGAUUAUGUGAUUAGACGCAGGAUACUUACUUCACGUGCACUGACCUGGUCGCGUCUGGAUGAUUUUUUCCAGUACAGUUACUUAUUCUGUAAUGAUAACAAUAUUUUUUUUUUGGGGGGGGGGAACUUCUACCCCUUAAAUACCCUAGAAAGAACACUGGAUGGGGGGAGUCUGUUAGACAGGAGGCCUAAUUAGAGAUCAUCUAAUUCAAAAAUUAACAUCUUUGAGGGUGCGUUUAUUUGACAAGAAGCAUUUACAUGUAUUUGAGAGGGUAUCUAUUAGAUCAUUAUUUUUUUGGUAAUUGACCUUUAUGUGAUGCCUUUUUCUUGUGUACAGCUCAGCUGUCAACCUAAACAUCUGCGGCAAUAUCUUUGCACUAAGCCCAGUCCACAGGUAUGUAAUUGACUCAACUGUGAUUGUACCUUUAAGGCAUUUGAAUCAUACUUUUGAUUCUUAUUUAAAAGUGAAUUUGUCAUUUUGACUCUGCUUUAGAUUGUCUUGAAUCCCAUGCAAGAUCUACCACAGUCUUAUUUUUAUUUAUUUCUUUUUCACCACAGCAUGAGUAUUGGAAAGCCGUUCUUCUUGGUUAAACUUUCCUGUAUUGAGACAAAUCUUACAACCUCAGUCGUAGUCCAGGUAGGUAAGGGCCUGAUAUAAUUGACAAGGAAAGGGUGGAAAGUUUAUUUUAUUUCUUCUUUUAGAUAACUUAUAAGCCUAACAGAUGGUACGUGCCUUGACAAGCUUGUUGUAGUCAAUGAAAAUUCACAAUAUCUGGUAUUUAAAGGAAUAAUUGAGAUUUUUUCCAAAUGCGAGGGUCAAGCUUCUAGUGUACAUUAGAUGUAUAUACGUAAAGUAAAAGGUAACUUCUUAAGGUGCUUUGAAUUUGUAAGAACUGACUGGCCAGACCAUUCCCAUUGUAAUGCAAUUUCUUCUUUUAUCAAAACUAUCCAGUCAGAUCAGUCAAAUCCGAAAUAGUAUGCACAAAGUAGAUGGUUUUUCAGCAAAAACCCUUUUGAAAAAGCUGAUUUCAUUUGCUUACUGACUGGUCCGGCAAUGGUUCGGCUGGCCAGUUCUGACAAAUGGAAAGAGCCCUUUCUUGACUUUUACACUGACUGUUCUUGUUUGUUGAACCAUUUAUUACAUGCGUAGUAUGUAGAAGAGCUGAAAAAGGGGCCAAGGCCGGCUGAAAGUGCUUCUGUUUUCUUCAGGGGGGCCAAUUUAUGUUCUGGCACAAUUUCCUGCAAGUUGGCGAGGCAUAUGUGUUCAGAAACCUAAGAGAAACCACUAUGAACAAGGUGUGAUAUUUGAAAUCGUGCUUAAUAAUUUUUUUAAGUCUUGGCUUUGACUGACUUUUCUAUUGCUCAUUCAUAAAUCUAAUCUGACUGCAUCAUUUUCUAUGAUGAUUUAUUUUUUUAUCACCAAGGGAACAAGAAAUGAACGACGAAUUUUGGCCUCAACUCGGCAUUCAGAGUUUCAAAAAUAUCAGCCGGGAAUAACUGUAAGAUCGUCAAGAAGCAUCAAGCGUCUUCAAAGUGAUGAAGAGGAUAAGGUGAGGGCUGUUAUUUCAUUGGGGUCUCUAACUAGAGAGGCCAAUCUCUGAAAAUGUGAAAUUUGGGGACUUAAUCCUUUAUACCAUUUUCCAUUAUCCACAAGAAGAAGGGGUCGCUAGGUGGGCAUUGGGGGGGAUUGCCUGCAUAGGAGGCCUUGAAAGGGGUCCCCCUUUCCCGCUUCCUUAGUACAAAUCUAUGGUAGACUGGCUAAAAGAUGUGCAUAUCUAUGAAGAUGCGGCCGGAAUCGUAACAUGAAUUAGAGAAUGGGAAAGAUUUUGCGUGACCAUUAGGAGCGAGGAUGAUUAGUGCGUGGCCUUCGGUGCGAGAGGUCCCAAGUUCGAUUCCAGGUGCCACUACAUCCUUGUUUUGACUUCUCUGCUUUUUGUGUUGCUUUAACUACAGUCUCAGACAAACACGGCUGGGACACUUCCACUGAACGCUGUUUUUUUGCCUUCUUGCGUGUUUCCUCUCCUUCACAAUGUUGUUUAUCGCACUUAACUCACCAAAUCUUGUGCACCAAUAUUGGGAGGGCCAGGAGACAGUAAAGUGUCCCAACAGUUUUGACUGAGACUGUAUCUUUAAGUAGUUUUUAAAAAGGAGCAGUUAUGGAGAGAUGUCUGUCUUAUAGAUAGUAAAAUAAAGGGAGUGAGAAAGGCAGGGGCCAACUCUAGGUGUCCGUUAAGAAAUAGUCGGCUGUAUUGUUUUUUAUCCGUUACCAGCUUAACAAAUAAAACGCUUCCAACGGCUCCAGAAUGCGUGCGCUAGUUUUGAUUUAAGGAAUUAUGCCAAGGAGGCCAAUCUUCUUACCUUGAAUUGGCUAAAUGUAGUCAACAGUAGAAAAAUGGCAAUGUUGAAAAUGACUUUUGACGCUCUAUAUGACACUAUAACUUUCCAGAUUUUUUAAAUCUUAAACAAAGUUGACUCCUAUAACUUAAGAUCUUCAGUAGCCCUAACUACAGUCGAAACUCAAUCUAACGAACCUCGAUAUAACGAAGUCCUCGGUAUAAAGAACGAUUUUCUUUAUCCCAGUCAUAGUAAGGUGUAUGAAAAAGAACCUCGAUAUAGAGAACACAUUCUGCCAGUCCCUUGGCCCUACUAAUGAAAGCAACAGUUUUCAGGAUUUGGCUGCCUCAGUUUUCAACCACCUACCUGCUGAGGUCAGGAACAUAACGGACUAUAACCUUCUCUGUAAAUCAGCCAGAUCUUUUUUAUAGAUUUGAUUUGAUCAGUAUAUGGUGGCAUACAGUUAUGUACUCCGUCAGUUUAACCUUCUGUUGAAACUAUUACCGGUACAUUAUUUUCUCAGACAGAACCCAAACGCCUGAAAAUUGACAAGCAAGGAGAGGAUUUGAGUCCGAUAAAAAGUAAGCAAAAGUUAGCUGCAACAUCAAGAAGUGUUACUGCCCAGGAACCAUUAUGCAGAGAUGUUGAAGCAGCAAAACCAAAGCCCCCAGUUAACAUGUCUUACACGGUAGGUCGGUGAACAAUAUCUGGGUAAUUAUUAUUCUCUGAGCGGAAUAAUAAAUAACAAAUAAAGAAGCCUUGACUGUGCUCUGUUCUGUUCUAAAGCUUGCACGCAGGAAGUGGCUAGAACAAGAAAGAAGUCUAGGAGGAACGCGAGAUGUAGUCGAGUGUUUCUCCCUACUUCUUGGCUGCUGGAGCCGCUUUCUAAAAGCCUUACAACAGAACAGAGCACGGUCAAGGCGUCUUUAUUUGUUUUGUGAUAAAGAAUCCGUUAAAUUCCACACGCAUUACUUUAUAAUUUUCAAAGCGUGGCGUGACAGCUUUAGCUCCGUGUUUUAUACUCUCACAAAGCACGCUUUUUCAAAUAAUCAAAGAGCGCGUUAUAUCUAAACUUUAUUAUAAUGCAUAUUAAAAGUGUACAUCUACUCCUUGACUACAUGUUGUAUACUUACAGGGUGUGAUAACGAAAUGUCUCAAACCUGAAGCUGGAGUUUAUGAACUGGACGAAAAAAUAAGGUGUGUAAUAAGUUUAAAUGUAAUAUAACAGUGUGCUUUUGUGGAGAACGGCAAGAUUUGCUGUUUUGCGAUGUUUUAAGAUUCUCCAGGAAUUUUAAGCAGUACACUAUUGGCAGUGGCGUAGUGGGAAAUCGAAAUGCCAGGUAAUGAAUUUUACUGUGGGCUAUGUUGUUUAUGUUGCGUUUUUAUUGAUUAUAUCUUAGAGUCAAAAUUACUAAAACUCAAAUCGUACAGCGUACAGCAAAAAAUUCCCAUACAUUGUAUGAAAUCUUAGUGUUUUGACUUGACUAUCUCAAAUAAAUUUUUUGUAACGUAAUUCCUUUUGCAGACUGUACAUUAAUCACCAGCCCUGUGUAAAUCUGGGUCGUGGCUUGCGUGUUGGUGCUCAUGUUACUGUUCACAAUGUUCAUUUGUGUAGGAAAGGAAAGGUUAGUGGUGCUUUUGCUUUGAUAUGCCACUAUUGGUGGAACACCGUUACCUAAAACGAAGUAACUAGACGCUUUCGUGGCGUAAACUUGGGCUUUGUUGACGUUGAAAGUGCUGGAACGAAGCCCAAAGUAUAAAUUAACUUAUCGAAGAUCUUCUUCUUGAGUUUUUCCUCUAGACAAAAAAUUGUGUUCCUUAAUGGGAACAGUAACAUAUUAUUGGAAGUAAGCCUACAAAAAAACUAGCCUUUUUUGUUGUUUGGAGUGGCUGUUCUGCUAAGACUCGGGAUAUUUUCUCCUAUGCUUCUCUUGUUGCAUUCACUGUUGUCUCAAUUUGUCAGAAGAAAUACCUUCAAUUGCGUGACACAGAACUCCUCCUCUUUGAGUAAGCGUGGGUGGUUAAUCACAUUUAGCAUAAAGUAAGUCCUUUCAAACACUUUUAUUUUUCUUUUUAUUUUAGAAAGUUCUUGGAUUGUGUUGCUGCACACAAAGUACAGUGCAGAUUAUCAAGUUUUCAUCCCUUGCAUCACCUUGGAAGGUACUAUUGAAAUAGUUAUUUUUGCUUAAAAUAAUGCACAGUGAUCAGAUAAAUAGACGUUAUCAGUUUUUUUGGAAGCCAUCUUGAUGGGUAGACAAUCGUGUGAGAAAUUACUCUGUUUGUAUGAGAAUAUAAAAAAUCGUAAAACGGCUGUUCUGAAAAAAAGCUACACAGCAAAGGAUUCUACUGACAAGUUUUGCGGGCCGUACCCGUGCUUAAAUUUCUCCAGUCGCUUGCUUUAGAUUUUCCACAUAUUUGUCGGCAAAUUGUCUCGGGAAAUUUUAAAGACAUUGUAGAAAUUAUUAAAAAGUGGUUCCAGCACAGGUAACGCCCGAUUUUCCCGCGCCUGCUAUCGGCUUCUUCUUGGUUACAUAUGUCAGUUUCGCUUUUUGACUAGUAGGUUAGAUUUUUUCUUAACUUUAAAGUUAGAAGGAGAGAUCCCUGACGGGAUUUUUUAGUGGAAGAAAAGGUGGCAGUAUAAGUUUCCGUUUCGCCUUGAAUUGGAUAAUGUUAGAAGUGACCUUUUUUCCCUUCAUCCAGCCUUUUAGCCCUGGUGAAAGUCCCUUGGCGCUGUUAGGGCAGAACCUCACUCUAGCUGAUUACGUAGACUUACUGGAGAUGUGUGAUAAAGUUAUUGAGAAGUUUUCGCCCUCUUACAGGUAAUACGUUUAACAAGCUGCAACAUACCCUAGGCACUUAGAGGUUUUUUUCUCGCGUGCGGCGGAGAUGUUUCGGGUUUGUUCGUACUAUAGGCCGGCACGUCUUUCGCGCGGGUCACUAGAGAGCUUAAGCAACGACGACGUGUCGUCACUGGAGGCAUUUCAUUGUGCAAAUGAUUAAUUCGGUAUAAAAUUCACCGGGGAUUCUCAAUUGAAAAAUGCCGUAGCCCUGAUUUGCUUGCCCAGCAGUGAAGAUGCUAAGGUAUAGAGUGGCUAAUUAAUUGAUAGUCGAAAGGUCGAAGAGACUAGGAAUCUGACCCAGUCAUACGUAACUUAAAACCAUUCGUCGCAAAAUGGUCACUUGGUGUGAUCCGAGGCUCCUACAUACCAUGACGAGACAAAAUGGCUUCAUUAUGAUCGUUCACCCAUAGGAACUUCAAAUUGAAAAAACAAACAAAUAAGCAAAAAUUAACAGUGAACUUUUUACUUUUUAAAGCAUUACAAGCAAAAAUAAAUGUUAAAAUAUAUUUGAUGAUUCGGUGCAUUAUCUGCCAUUGUCCAGAAAAGCAUUUUAUAGAGAUAGCCGCUUCGAAUUCGUUAUGAGCAAAAUUUUGUUGCUCAGCUGACGCGUUGAGACAAGAGGUCCAUUAUAGUUAACUAUUUACUGUGCACCACUUAAUGAUGGAGGGAACAAGGUUAGAUGAACAUUAUUACGGUUAGAUGAACAUUAUCCUUUCUUCUUCACACAGGACAAGUCAGUUGGUUGCUUACUCUGCCAGACAGAACCGGUAAAGAUGUCUAUAUACUUUACUCAAUCUCGUCCCAGAUUCUUUCAUUAGAAUUAAGACGUUUUAUUAUUUGUAUAUUUGCCACACGAAAAAGGAAAGUGGUGAGGAGAUCUAAGAGAAACUAUAGCGAGGUUAUGAGAGAUUAGGCCGCUUCGAACUACGGGCUCUAGUUGUUUAAAUCAGGUCAAGCAAAAGAUGGCGUCAAGUCUGAGUUGGAAAAAAAUUAAGAUCGUUUUUCAUAUUUACUCAUUCUAAAAUUUAACCCUUAGUAUGAUGACUUCGUUGUCAGGUGAAUUGAAAAACUUGGGUCCUUAAAACAAAAACACGAAAACGUCUUAGUGAUUGUUCAACAAUAAGGUAGACGGAAAUUUUGGUAAUUUCUAAUAUUGUAAGAGUGAAAUUUAUUUGUUUUGACAGGAAGGAAAUCAGAGACGCGCGGCACAAGGAAAGUGUUUUGGAACAACUACUGUCCUUCAUCAGAAAUGGCUCAGUUUCGAACAGAGCUCUACCAAGAAACAUCUAUGAUGAAUUUUUUGAGGUACCUCAUGAAUGCCAACCAAAUAGAAUUAGUGAACUGCAAUUUCCUUGGCUCCCAACUGUGAAGGAGUUUCUUGAUGCAGUGAAUCAAAAAUGGGCGGAGGAACCGUGGCUGAACGGGCAAUCAAAACGCAUAACUGCUACACAGGAAAAAGAGGAAUGGAUGUACAAGAUUCUGACUCAAGAUUGUUUCAACCAUCCAGUGGUAGGUUUACAAAUAUGCUUUGUUUCCUUGUUCUUGUCUCGGGUAAAAAGGAAAAAAAAAAAGAAGAAGAAAAACAGCCACGACUACAAGUACUAGGAUUUUUCACGCAAAGAACAACAGCAACUCCUAAAUUGUCUUCUAAGCUCAAGAUCAUUAUAAAAAAGAUCAGAAAGAAAUGGAGCUGCUUGAUUUGUAGAGAGGAAGGUUUCGAAGGUAAUUAUAGAUAGUAGAGAGCCAAGAAUUACAACGAAAAUGCAAACCUACUGUUGCUUCGUUUGUAUUCAUGCCAGUUGUGUUAGUAUAGUGUAGUGCAAACAUUGAUGCCAGGCAUAAAUGGAUGAAUACGAGAGGUUAUUACAAAUGCAUGUACAAAUGUUUUGCUUUGGGCUAUCAUCUAGUAAGGUGAUUUAUUUAUUUAUAUAUUUAUCUCUGUGUUUAUUUCUAUACACAGCUUCUUGCAGGUUUGUUACGAAGCUCUUCAAAAACUGGUGGAUUACGACUCGUUGAUCAAACUGGAGAAGUCAGUUGUAUUGUUACCCCCGUUGACCAACAAUCCGCGGACCACGAUUGUGUCAGAAAUUGCUGCAAGACAAACUGCCCUUAUGCACAGACAUGGCAUUCUAACGCCAUGAUUCAAAUCAGCAAGUUUGAAUUGAUCACAGAGAAAUUUAGGUCAAGUGAUCUCAGUCAAGCGAGUUUAUCGGAAGGUGGAAGCCGCACAUAUCUCCAAUUCUCAUUUGAAAAUGCAAAAAUUUUGAUUUCUAAAGACACGUGUAACCAGCUGGAGAAGGGUGGUUCUGGAAGGAAGAAGGAAACAGAUGAAAGCGUGGAUCAAGGACUUAAGAAUGUUACAGACGCGAAGGGUCGCGAAUUUAUGUGCAAGAUAUUAUUUAUGGUAAGAAACUGUGAGCUUCCCACACUUCGAAAACGUAAAGAGGAAGUCUGCUACCCUUGUGGUGUAGAAAUUAAAAUUGUUGCUGUUCAAAAAAGUGACGUUGAAAAUGUGACCGCGGGAAGUAAGAGCACUAGCUCAGAACGGGGUGACUCCUGUCCAAGUAGCUGUUUUUCUCUCUCAGAAUUUCAGCUCCAAAGAAAAAACUCCGCUCUAAAACUUGUGAAGAAAAGCUUGUGUUGGUCUCGGUUUCUUCAUCCGGGUUGUUUUUACGUCAUCACGGAAAAGGUCCCGGACGAGGCAAGUUCUUGGAUCUUUAGAAAUGGUAAUUUGGAGCUAUUAAUUAGCGUCAGUUCCAAUAUGGAAUUAGAAAGAAUUUGCUGGUGUGAAAGCUGUAGGCUAGUUGCCUUAUCAACGGAUACAAGAAACACUAAGGAAAUUGGAAAAGUGCUGGAUGAUCUGAAAGAGGAUUUUUCAAGAAAUGAUCAAUUAUGUACUGUAGACUCCAUUCUUAGUGAUACUGCGGGACAACAAGAAGAAAGUGAGAAUUCUAUGCAACCAAGGUAUGAAACUGAAUGAACUGACGAGUGGUUUAUGAGCAUUCGAGUAACUGUACGUCAUCAGCAAGGCUGUUGAUUACAGUGCAAUCUGUGAAGAUGACUUCCAACGUCGGUUGCUGUCAUCAACCGCCUUGUUCAGAAAUACAUUCGGCUGGACGAUCAUAUUAUUUAACUUGAUUAUGACAUGGCAUUUGUGCGUUAGUACAGCUGCCCUGUUUCCUAGUGUCAUUUAAAGUUAGUUAGAUGGUGUUUUGUUGUCCACUGACUUUAUUAAUUCAAAACAUAGCUAAAGAUCCUUAUUUUACGUUGGUAACUCAUAAUAAUACACUUUUAGACUCAGAAACAUGAGGCCGACAGUGCGCUCAUUUUACCCCCCUCGCCCCUCCCCCUCUUUCCACCAGUGCUCUGUUUUACGGGUAUUUAAAGCUACUUAAAGGUUGCACAAAAAGGAAAGAAAUCAAAACAAGGAUUUGAGGUCAUUAUACCUCGGAAUCGAAAUCGGAACCUCCCGCACUUAAGGACGCGCACUAACGACUGUGCUAAUAGUUGUUCACGAAAUUUGUGGCGGUGUCCAGCAUUUUUCAUUUUGGUCCAGUCCUGCCAAAAUUCUAAAAAGCUGGAAAUUUUAAGUUGAAGGUUAACACAAACUCGUUUGGGGUGGGUUUUACAAUAGCCUGAAAAUCAAGAGCCAUAUAUAUUGGUAGUGAUUAGUUUGCAUUAUGUCAUGUAUAUCUACGAUUAGACUACACGGUUCAGCUUCAUUUUCCAAAACGUUUAUAAAAGGUGCAGUCAAAGGCCAAAUUUUCAUGUAAUCCCUUUAUAUUUCUCAUCCCAGUCGUUCUUCCAGCAUGCAAAUCAGCUUUCGAGGUGUCAUCGUCAGCCGCGAGCUGCGCCAGUCUGACUCUCCCAGCCAGCGGUUGCCAAAUGGACUGGUAGAAGUACCAAAGUUUGGUCCUAUUAAGGUUACAGAGGUUAAAGAUCUACAGCUGGGGUUCACCCUGCUUAGCAAUGCUAUUAUACUACUGAGAGUACAAGACGUUCGAUCUCCAAACUCAAUCUCUGUGUAUUUGGACUUGAGGAGGACAAGCUAUAUCUAUGGCAUGUUGCCUGGUAAGUAAAGGUGAUGUUACUCGAGACGAUUCGCAACGACGAUUUUUAGCGCGACACAGUGUUGCAACAUUGUUGCGACAUUGUUUCGAAUGGUUACAACAUUGUUCCAACAUUGCAACGCAGUGUUACGCUGAAAAUCGUCGUUGCGAAUUGUCCCGUGUAACAUCACCUUAAUGUGCGAAGGACCGGAGUCAGUGCGAUUUCGAAUGGCGUCUGUACUCGACAUUUAAAUGCACUGUUCUAGACCCUAAUAAAGUCAUGAAAGCUGUAGAAGUUGGUACUCUUAUGUUGGUGAUAAAAAUAUACAUUCUAGGGGGUACCUCUAGGGGGUGUUUCUUUGUCUUGUGUGGGUAUUGUUUUGCGUCUUGUCAGUCUUUUGUAUGACGUCAUUUGGUGAUUGCUCCCGUCCAUAACACCAAAAAACUGCCAAGAAAAGCCGUGCUUGAAAUAACGUGAGAGGUCUGGGAUCCGCUCUUCGCAAAAUCUGUCCCGGAAAAAGGAGGAGGACUUGGACCGAGAGUUUCUCUCCCUCCCCAGACUCUCCGUGAACCUUUCCUUGUCCUACUGAUGUCUUUCAAAUUGUUGGCGUACUUCAACAUUACAACAGUGCAGCGUGGAGUAAUUGUUAAUUGUCUGUAGUAUCUAUCUUAUUGGCUUUUACUAAAGCAUAUUAUAUUUCAGUGGACAAGGUGUAAUGAGCUCAUACACGACAUGUUAUAAUUAUUAGUGUGAUUUGUGAUCUGUUUCAGGUGCCUUUAUCCAAUUUCGAAGAUUCGUAAGAAAAUUUUCCCGCACGAGAAACAUGUACUGCACUUUUGAAGCCUGUUCAUCUAUUGUUGUAGAAAGACGAACAUUUUCAAACAUAACCGACGCUCAGCUAAACCCUCGACCUCCAGAUAAUGUCACAGCAUCAACAUCGGCCGAAGAAAAUACGACAGUUCUUCCGAAUCGAUAUCUCAUCGAUCUUAUUCGGAACGAGACUCAAGGGAACUUCAUUCAGACUAUCUCACGCGUACGUUGUCGAGUAACCGCUGUUCAGAAAGCAAGUCUGCGCUGGUUGUGUAAACGAUGCGGGGAGUUGGCAUUUAGAAACGAAUGUACCAGCGGCUGUUUCAGUUCAGCGGGAUAUAAAUUUAACGCUGAAGCAAGGUAUUACUUCAUGGACUGUACUAUGGAAACCCAGUUUUCUAGGCUAAAGUAAAUAGGUUUUUAUAUAUUUGCUGUUUUGCUUAUUUCUUUAAGUACCGUAAAAUUCCGAAAACAAGCCCCGGGCUUAUAUCUUUCAAAGGCCCUUUUUGAGGGGCUUAUUUUUGGCGGGAUUUAUAUUCGGAGGGACUUUUGUACAGAGGGCAAUGCGUUUCAAAAUGGUCUAGGCUUAUGCUUGGAGGGAAAUUUGCGUCCCUAAAUCAAUUGGGCUGACUUAUAGUUGGAAGGAAAUUUAUGUCAGUAAUAUGCAGCGCGCGAAAGCUAAACAUAGGUCAAACGAGAAAACCAUAAGGGAGGGGGCGAGGAGAAAAAAGUAGAGAAUAACCUUUCUCUCGCCCCCUCCCCAUGGUUUUCUCGUUUGAUCUCUUACUUUGCGAAACACGAACGAAAAACAAGGCGCAAAAAAGAAAAGAAGAAGAAAAACAAAAAACCACCUGCUACGCAGGCUUCAGAAAAAUGCAUGCCUUACAUCUGUUACGAUCCUUCUAAAUCCAAAGACACUUACAUGAGUCAAGUUUUGCGAAGGGGAACCACACUUGGGAAAACAUCUUCGAAACGUUUGAAUUUCAGAUACGUGAGAGAAGUAUUUUCGUAAUCGGCUUCAAACUCUUUUCUGUCACCACCCAGGUGUAUUGUGGAAGAUGGGACAGGAGAGGCGCAGCUGUAUGUCUAUGAUGAAAUCGUUCAGACUUUACUGAAGCUGUCUUCUCAACAGUGGCGCCACCUUCAAGAUUUGGCCAUGCACACUGGGGAACUUUUGUACCAGCGUCUUUGGCGAGGGGGAACCAGUCAUCCACAGGUACAGCGCAGACAGAACUCAAUUUCGCGUCUUUACUUAGAGGGAAGGUGUUCAAAAAUAUAACAGGAAAAUACGAUCAGCAAGUCAUGUAUCUGUUUAGUUAUAAGUUUAUUUAUUUAAUUUGUCACCAUAGGUAAUAUUUAUCGAACGACCGUACAGGGACCGUUUCUAAAUCUUGUAGAAGUGUGGUACCAUACUGUAACGGAAAUUUCAACUUUCCUGGCGCCAGUUGUUCGUAGGGUGCUAUCCAUCUUUUGAACAACCGGGGCCUGAAGUUUACCAUCCUAUCUGGUUUAUGCAUAGUUAAUAGAGCGGAAUGGUUUUUGAAGCCCGUCAGACUCCUUUGUUAUAUACACCUGUUUCGAGAAAGGUUGUCGGACUAAAGUGCACACGACAAUCCGGAAGGGUAAUAUGGGAGAUAAAAAACACACUUUUUCUUGACAUUGUAGCUGCCAUAUCUACUUUUGUUGCUUUCCUUUUGCACUCGCGAAUAUACCGUCCGUGGUCUCUCGUGCCAUUCUUUCAAAUUUCUUUGAAAAACGGUGAACUCAAAACCACCCACAAUACCUUUCGGGAUUAUCGCGUGCACUUUUUCCGACAACGUUUCUCGAAAUAGCUGUAUACAUGUAUACCUGAUUCAAUGAAGGUUGCUUUGGGCAUUGGCCAAUGGCACUCUAAGAGGCUAUUGUUUGGUGGUCACUUAGGCAAAUCAUUGGAGUGAGUUCCUUAUGGCCAAAUGCCCAAUUGCUAAUGACCAAUAAUAUUCUCAAAGCAACCUUUAUUAAAUAAGGUACAAUAGCAUUCAUAUCGUUUUGAUUUUAUUGACCAAUAAAAACGAUGAAUUUAAUUUAUUCAGUGAACACUUAGAAUAAAAAUUAGCGAAAAGAUAUUGAUGUCGCCAUGACGUCAUUAUCAAGUGGCAAGAUUAAAGGAAAACUAAAAUCUGGCUUAAUAUAUACAGUAUAAAGUGACAAAACAAACUAGAGGACAAAAGUAACAUGUUUUCACGCGUAAAUGAAAAUGAAAAUAUGUUAAACAAACAGUUUUGCACGGGUGGAAUCUGAUUGUGUUCUCCUUAAUGAAAAGCAUUUGGUAAAUCAGACAGUCUAAUUUUCCAUUGCACUUCUUGAGUACGGAGGAAUUGCUGCUAAGUUGCUGGGAACAAAAAACAAAGGAUUGUGGACCACCAGGGUGCUUCCAAGAUAUACAGCAGCACCGUUGUUUUUAUCUUUGAUGUUUGCCGCCUUUCAUAACCAGUCUCCUCUACAGGGCAGUGUAAAAUGCAGACUGCGGACUAUUGUUUUAGAAAACAAUGGCACUAUUGUUAUCACGUACUCAUUUGCAUGGUGAAAACAAUAGUCCCGCAGUCUGCGUUUUACACUGACCGCUCCCCCACUAAGUAUUGUUCAUGGUUGCACUGGUAGACUAUAUUAUAAUAUUAAGUGAUACUUUAUUAAGUAGUCUAGUGGAAUUUGAGACCUGUUUCGAAGCUAAAUGUCUACCAUCUUUCUCAUUAGCUCAAUCAAGGAAACCAAUCUUCCAAAGAAGCUGAAGCCAAGAUGACCUUGGAGAAUUAUUGCUGUUCUUCAAAACUACAGCGCCUGGUAGUCUUGCAUUGUAAACUUUUCCGCUUCAGCAAGGGUGCAGCUAGUAAAACUGAUCAAGGUAGGAAGCAAAUAUAGCACACAAAAGUGUCUUGAACUUGCCGAAUCUGUUUAUUUACUAUCUUUUUAUUCUAAACUAUUUUCGAAUCCUCCAUAAUACACUUCGUUAGCCGUUCUUUUGCAUAAGUUAUUGUUUUCAAAUGGUCUUUGGAAUAUGCAGUCCUUCCAGGAGGAUUUGAAAACAAUAGUUUAUGCAAAAGUUGAGGGGGCAGAGUAUUAUUUUUAUGGUGGAUUUGAGAAAAGAGAAUGAGCCAUUACGACACAGCGUGGGAAACCGGGUCCAAAUUCUUCCUCAAAACAGUCCCAUGGUGCAGUUCGGCAAGACAUUGACCCAGUAUCCUGCCAAAACUCAAAACAGCCAUUUGCAUUGACGCGUAAUAGUGACUAACUGGGGUAUAGAAAUGUUCGAACACAGGAAAAUGAUGCGGGGCUUUCGUCGUUUUGCCCCAGAGAACAAACUCAAAGACUUCUGGCCGUUGUCUCUGUUUUGCUGAUCUACUGAUUCCGUAGCAGAGGCACGUUCCGCAACCAUGCUUCCUAUUCUUUACAUCUUCAUGCGCUCCGUAAUUUAAGAUGCUCGUAAGACGUAUUUGUUACGGUUUGCCGGGUUAUGAACGUAAAAGACCAUAAACCGCUCCAGGCUUCAUGUGAAGAGAUGGCCGACAGAAAGUACUGUAUACAGUCAACUCUCGUAUUCUUGGUUUGCCACCACGUGACAAGGAGGCCAUGUUGGGGGUCAAUACAAUAGGCCAUUUCCGAGUUCCCCCGGGCCUCUGUAUGAAAACGAGGUUAAGUGCUCAGCCUUUGAUAUGGAAAUGAUUUUUCAUUGUCAUGCAAAUUAAACUUAUUUUCACAAGAAAGGUUGUGCACUUGGCCUCAUUUUGAAGGUGAGGGUUUUGGAACUCGGAAGUGUCCCAUAGAAUUUGUUCUCGAAGAAUUUACAUGAAAAUGGAGUUCAGUUCCCAGAGGAGAGAAAUGUUUUUGUUCUUGAUCACCAAUAUGGCCGCCGUAACGUCACGUGCAAACCAACAGUACGGGAAAAAGUCAAGAAAAUGAACUCAAACUGAACUGAUUAACGUAAUUGCAUAAAGUUAUUCCCUUACAAGCUAAAAUUAGGCAAAUAAACGAUUGGCAAUACUGUUUCACAUCGAAUAGUGCUUAAAACUGUUGAAACUUUGUACAAAACAUCUCGCUUCAAUGUUACAAUCCACCUUUUUACCUACAGAUCCUAUUACAGCCAUCUUUUUUUGUAAGUCAACUGCCAUUAUCUGUCAGCGCGCUUGAUCAACGCUAUUUUAAUAAAAAACUGAACUUUUGUCACAUUCAAGCAAUGAUUUUUUUUACAAUCAUACGUGAUUACGCUGGGUGGUCGCUUACUGGAAACAGGAAACAAAAGGAUACGUCGAAUUUCUGGCGUUAAAUGUGGUCGCGGUCGUUUAAGAAAUUUACCUAGUGGUCGAUUAGGAGCGAAUUUUUGAAAGAGUAUUUAACUGACAAACAAAAAGGUUAUUUCCAAGGUGGUCACCUACGAGAAGAAUGGAACUGGACCUUUUUUGUUAAAUAAAAUGCGUGUUUAUUUUCAGGAUAUGAGAGUCGCAGCAUUCACCUUGGCCUGACAGAACACAGCACCUUGGUGCUUCCCAAACUUCUGCUUAGGGCUGUGUCAAUCACAGACGUGAGAGCAGCGGACGAAAUUCGUCAGUUACUUCAAGAUGCCAAAGCUUAA